AUGUCAGAAAUUAAAUCAGUUGCACUCGCUGGCGCUUCCGGCAAUGUUGGACCCCAUGUCCUUAAAGCGCUUGCUGAGGCAAAAUUCCAAGUCACUGUUCUCACCCGAUCCAAGAAGCCAGGAGCAUAUGACUCCAGCGUCAGAGUCAUCGAAGUUGACUACACGUCUCUGGAGUCUUUGACUGCCGCACUCCAGGGCAUCGAUGCACUCGUAUCCACUGUUAGCGGUACAGCCAUCGAAAACCAAACCACCCUCAUCGACGCUGCGGUUGCUGCCGGCGUGAAGCGUUUUAUUCCCUCCGAAUAUGGAAACUGCACCACGAAUCCCAAACUCGAAAGCUUCCCCGUCUACUCCUCCAUGACCAAGAUCAGACAGUAUGUGCAAGAGAAGGCAAAGGCUGGAAAGAUAACCUGGACUGUUCUUGCGUGUGGUGGCUUCUUGGAUUUUCUAUUUGCUAGACCCAUACUAUUCGAUUUUGCAAAUCACAAAGUAACCCUAUAUGACGAGGGUGACAAUCGGAUGAGUUCGACUUCUCUUCCAAAUAUUGGGAAGGCUAUUGCUGGGAUACUAAAGAACUCUGCGGCUACCAAGAACAGGAUUGUGCGAACUUCCGAGAUAAUCUUGACGCAGAACAAGAUAUUGAAAAUUGCACAAGCCCUGAGACCGGAUAUAGAGUGGGAAAUCAGUACGGCCCAGACAAGUUCGAUUCUGAAAGAAGGUCUGGAUGGAAUCAACACUGGCGAUUUCAGCACGCCGACAAUUAUGAAGAUCAUUGUUUCUACAGCGCUUGCUGGUGAUGUGUAUGGAUGUGCUUAUGAUGAGACGGACAAUGAAAUUCUUGGUAUUAAGGAGUUGACGGACGAAGACUUUAAGAGGCUUGUUGCUGAGAGACUUGGUUAA